ACAUCUCUGCAUUCUCCUCUUAUAUUCGUGUGGGAAGCUCAGUGAAUGCGGCUGCAGAAGGAGCCAGCGUACUUAUGCGCCUGACACGGAUACUGUGCUGUCUUACAGAAGGGAGCAACCCAACGCCUGCUUCCUUUUUCUGCUCUAACUCCCUCCAUCUCAUCCAACUGGGUAUUUUUUGGCUUUAAAAAUUCCCAUAUUUUCUCUCCAAGUUUAUGCUGAUUACAUUUUUUGUACCGAUGGACGCGGGAGAAAGCGCAGAGUUUCCAGCUCCUCACUUGUACCGCAGAGGACUAAAGGCUGAAUAACUGCAUUAUUCAUUUUUACGCACCGGUUUCUGUUGUCCCGACUUGUUUCUCUUGUUUCUCUCUGUGCUUUCCCGUUUUUUUUCGACCGACAGAGCAGCUGUGAUACCGCGAUAGCCAUUUUUUACAUCCGACCAUUUUUUAAAGCCCCUUCCGUCGGAUGGAGACUGAAAUAAGCAUCUCUUCUACUGCUGCAUGCAAAUAAACUGAUUACUGAGAAGAAAACAACAGUUUUCGACUGUAUCAGGGCAAAGGACUAAAUUUAUCGAUGCCUCAAUGGAAAAUGAUAUACUGAUACGCGUAACCUGAUGGGAGCGUUUUGACUGCUUUUGCCCUCUGAAACGUUAUUACGGUGCGCAACUUCGCUCGAAACGAACCAGUAUUUAUUCAUUGGAUCGUUGGGGCUAGCCCAGCCAAGCUGAAGCCAGACGCACAGUGUUGGUCAUCUUUUCUCUCCCUUUUCUCUUUAACUCUGUUCAUCUGCCUGCUCCAGUUUACCCCAAAGAAACUCUAAGAAUGACGGACUUAUUACACCGCAUCACCGACCACCUUGCGCCUUUUUUCACGCCUUGGAGUCGCUGGACGCGCCAUCAAGAUCUCUAAAAGCUGCCUGCCUCUCCCCGUCUCCCUCUUUUUCUCUGUCUUUCUCUCUUUUUAUUACUCCCUCUCUCAUUCCUCACAGUGUCUAUCUCUUUUGCCACCAAAUGAACGCUCUCCCAUGGAGGUAGUACAACCACCUUGGGAACCGAACGACCAGAGGGGUGAUUUUUCCAAGCAAGGGGAGCCAGUCAGCAAGAGACGCAUCGGGUGAAAUCGGAGCCACCCCCCACCCUCUCCUUUCUGUACAUCUCUACCGCACCCCCACCCCCACCCCACCCCCUAACUCCAGUUUGCCUGGCUCGGGUUGAUAUACAGUAGCCUACAUGGGGAUAUAGUGGCUGGAGGAACCUUGUUGCGCCCCUGUAACUGUCUGCGUUCGACUUCAGCUGGGAGGACUGUUUGCGCACGUCUCCAUCCAUGUCUCACCAACGCUGCCCCGUCUCUCCAGAGGGAGCCGCAUUUGUUAUCACUUCAGCUUUGGGUUACUAAAUGGUUUUCUGGGGGAGGAUUUCUAACCGGCAAGAUGCUGCUUGUACUCCUGCUGGCAGCCUUUUCUUCUUUCAUCUCCGGCUCCCUCUCCUCCUCCCUUUCCUCCCCCUCCAUGUCCGAUGGACCCCAGAUGGCAGACCCGUCCACCUCAGACUUGAUGGCCGAGACCUGCAGUGCCUGCUCCUGCAUGUCGGUGGAAAAUGUGCUGUAUGUCAAUUGCGAAAAGAUCACUGUCUAUCGACCCACGCAGCUCAUCCCGCCGGCCUCAUCCCUAUACCAUCUGAACUUUCAGAACAACUUUUUAAUCAUACUCUACCCAAACUCAUUCCUCAACUUCACCCAUGCUGUGUCACUGCAGCUGGGAAACAAUAAACUGCAGAAUAUCGAAGGCGGAGCAUUCAUGGGGAUGAGUGCUUUGAAACAGCUGCACCUGAACAAUAAUGAGUUAAAGGUGCUCCGAGCAGAUACUUUCCAAGGGAUAGAAAACUUGGAGUACCUUCAAGCUGACUACAACUUGAUAAAAUACAUUGAAAAGGGAGCAUUUAACAAACUGCACAAGUUAAAAGUGCUCAUCCUGAAUGAUAAUCUCAUACAGGCACUUCCUGAUAACAUCUUUCGCUUUGCCUCACUCACACACCUGGAUAUAAGGGGGAACAGAAUUCAGAAGCUUCCUUAUUUGGGAGUUCUGGAGCAUAUUGGGCGUAUUGUAGAGCUGCAGCUGGAUGAUAACCCCUGGAAUUGUACCUGUGAUUUAGCUCCUCUCAAGGCGUGGCUUGAAAACAUGCCCUAUAAUAUCUUUAUUGGUGAGGCCAUAUGUGAAACACCAAGUGAUUUGUACGGGAGGCUUCUGAAGGAAACCAACAAACAGGAGCUUUGUCCCAUGGGAACAGGAAGCGACUUUGAUGUUAGGAUGCCGCCUGUACCACCUGAUAAUGGGCAGUCACCCUCCAAAAUACCCCCAACCACUGUCAUUCCCAUAGCCACAAAAACGCCAAAAACCACUGACUCAUCUAAGAUUUACGGUAAUGGUAUCGUGGCUGGUUUACCCCCUUUCGGAAGAAAUAGCCAAAUUGUUUCCUUUCAGACACGAACUCCCCCACUAUUGUGUCCACAGCCAUGUAGCUGUAAAGCCCACCCCUCUGACUUUGGCAUCAGUGUCAGCUGUCAGGAGAGGAAUAUUAAAAAUUUAGCUGAUCUUAUUCCCAAACCCCCUAAUGCCAAGAAACUUCAUUUGAGUGGGAAUUACAUCCAUGACAUUAGCCCAAAUGAUUUCCAAGGGUUUGAGGGUUUAGAUUUGCUACAUCUUGGCAGUAAUCAAAUUGCCACGAUCCAGAAAGGUGUGUUUGCUAACCUCACUAACCUGAGGAGGCUGUAUCUGAAUGGAAACCAGCUCGAACAGUUACACCCAGAGAUGUUUCUGGGCCUCUCAAAUCUGCAGUAUCUAUAUUUGGAAUACAAUGCCAUAAAAGAAAUCUUAGCAGGCACAUUUGACUCCAUGCCGAACCUACAACUCCUGUAUCUCAACAACAACGUUCUGCGGAGUCUCCCUGCCUAUGUGUUUGCGGGAGUCUCUUUAGCCAGGCUGAAUCUGAAAAACAACCACUUCAUGACCCUGCCAGUGAGUGGUGUCUUGGACCAGCUGCAAUCGUUGACCCAGAUAGACCUGGAAGGGAACCCGUGGGAGUGUUCCUGCGAUCUUGUCGCCCUCAAACUCUGGCUAGAGAAGCUAAGUGAUGGAGUGGCUGCCAAAGAGGUGAAAUGUGCCUCCCCUGUGCAGUUCUCCAACAUAGAGCUGCGCCUCUUGAAAAAUGAGAUCCUGUGUCCUAAGCUCGUUGCAAGACCACCGUUUAUUCUCACUAGUGCCACCCCUAUCUCGACCUCAGUGUCGCCUGCUGGAGUCGGCAAAGCACCACAAGGAGGGCCUGUGCCUCUCUCCAUCAUGAUCCUCAGCAUCCUUGUAGUGCUUAUUCUUACUGUGUUUGUGGCCUUCUGCCUUCUAGUUUUUGUCCUGAGGCGGAAUAAAAAACCAGUGGGCAGGCAGGAGGGGCUUGGAAAUCAAGAGUGUGGCUCCAUGCCGUUGCGGCUCCGCAGACACAGCCACAAAUCUGGCAAGAAAGGCUCCAUCCCAGGAGACGACUUGGGAGGCGAGACGUUUAUCCCCCAGACCAUCGAGCACAUUGGCAAGAGCCACACCUGUGGGAUCGGCAGGUCCUCAGACAUGGAUGCUGGGUUCAAGUUUGCAGAUUCACAGAGGCAGAAGAUCAUUCUACGGACCAGCGCAGACAAGGAUAAAGACUCUCUUUCCACCCUGGAGCGCAACAAACGCCUCAGCACCAUCGAUGAACUCGAGGAGUUCCUACCCCACCGAGAGCCCAGCAUGUUCAUCCAGAACUUCUUGGACAGCAAAAGAGAUUUCAACAGUAUAGGGAUGGGUGGGUAUGAAAUUCGCUACCCAGAGAAAACACUGGAUAAAAAGAUGAAGAAGUCAUCGCUGAUAGGUGGGAAUCACAGUAAGAUCGUUGUGGAGCAGAGAAAAAGUGAGUAUUAUGAGCUUAAAGCCAAGCUCCAAGGAACACCUGAUUACCUGCAGGUGCUCGAGGAGCAGACUGCACUAAGUAAAAUGUAGGGAUUGUUGUGUUUCAUGUAGUGCAUUGAUGAUACACACAUACACAAGGAUACCAGACACACAAACAGACAGGCAGACAGCCAAACACAUCUGCCUUUCUCUUGUUCUUUCUGACUACACACACACACACACACACACACACACACUAUUCAUACCGCCAGAUCUCUUAUUUUCUAUCUUCAUCGCCCUCUCUGCAGCCUCACAUGCACACAUGCAAACAUACACACACUCCCCCACACACAGCAAAAAAGUGCCUUCUGGAAAUCCUUAAUGACCAAUGCAGAGACGGACAAAAUGGCUCCACACGACAAAAGCUAUUGAUAGAAUCAGCGUGGAUCUAUUUCACAGUAAAAGACCUUUUGAUUAAUCCAUGCCAUUAAAUGUAUGAAUCUCACAUACAUACUGCAGGACACCCUUAAAAGCAACCAGACAGUCAUAGUAUUUUUUGCUGCUAUUGAAAUAGGUACUUGUGUUCUUGUUUUUUGUUGUUCUUGUUGUUCUUUUCUGCCUUCUUUUGUUUUCCCAACCAAAUCAAAGGGUCUUGAAAACAGUGCUCGAAAAUAUACCUGGCCGUCUUCAAACCUCAUUUGACUCAAAAGAGAAAAAAAGAAAGGAGGGCAUGUUGGUUGUUGUUCUACUUCUGGGAUGAAAUUUGCAGAAUUGGAGACUCAGUGGAUGCUACUUUACUUUUUUUUUUUUUUGCGGGGAUAUUUGUUUGUUCCUGGGGAUGCUCUCUGGAGUCAGCUGCAUCUUGUCUGGAUUACACAUCAGUAGCAGUACACCUGCUCUUUGCCGGGAGGCUAAACGGCUCCUGUUUUCCAUUCAAGGGAAUUGGAGGCACUGCAAAACUCUUUUGGGGAAAGAUUUCAUGACUUGUUCUCUUUGUGUAAAGAGCCAUGUUAAAUAUAGUGUCUGGAGUUGUGUUUCUCUUCAAAAUUGCUACUUACAGUAACUGUAUGUUUUGGGUGAAAUUUUAAUGGCACAUACACUGUCAGAGGACGUUGUUUCUGAAAAAUGAAAAACCCAAGGAUAAAAAAUUACAAAGCUGCUUGCCAUGUAAGCGUAAUCUGGAGUUUAUUUUGUAAGUCUUACAUUAUUUGUAUCUGUGGGAUUGGUUUGUAAAUUGCAAGGAAGGACAAACAUCUUCACAUCCGCACACACACGCUGUACGACGAAGCAUCUUCAUCAAGAGACUAUAAGCCAGAAUUGUCAAACAAACUGCUGAUAUAAUUCAAUCAGUGAUCCACCUCCCCUCGUCAGCUCUCAAUUCGUAGUAAAAAAAUUUAACAACAUAAUUAAUUUAUUUUUCUAUGCAGGAUUAUUUAAAGAAUUAUUGGUAUUAUUUAAAAACGAAUACACAAAGAGUGCAAAGGACUUGAUAGAAUGAUGCAUUAGUGCUAAUUCAGGCCACCAGAAGUGACUAUGGAGUCAAUUCAAAGGUCUUUGUUUGUCUCAGUUUGCUGAAGAACUCGAUCCGCCGAAUGAGGGUUGUGACAUGUGAUCUGUGAUUUUUUUUUUCCUCUUUACUGUGUCGCACGACAAGCUGAGGCCUGGUACAGUUUGUGAAGUUUCAAGCAGUUUCCUUAUUCUUAUAUCUCCCACAGUAUCUUGUAAAAGGUUUCUUAUUAACAUUAUGCAACCAAAAUAAAUGUGCAUUAACCUUGAUAUGGUUCAAGAACUGUUGAGAUGGGAAUGGAGAUGUUGGAUGAGGUUGGCUGCAAUUUGAAGCCCUAAAAGUUUAGACCUGGGCAGAAUCAUAUCAUACAACACCAUGUGCAAUAUUAUUAAAAAUGCUCAGUCAUGAUGGCUUCAAAUAAUUUUGUUUAAUUUAUUUAGUUUGAGGUUAUAUUGUCAAGACAGGUUCUAUUUCGAAAUUCUUUUAUCAACCUAACUCUAUUUGGUCCUUAUUUAAAAAGUAUUGUUACGUUAAAAUUAUGAGUGUUUAUUGACAUUACAAAUGAAUAGAAUGUAUCUUGGAAAGUAUAAUAAAUACAAUUUUAUAUUGGUCAUAAAUCUGCUGUAUAUUGGUUAAUUUUCUCUUGUAUAAUCAUAUUGAAAUCAAGGUAUUAAAAUCAGCACCUAUUUGCAUUGUGUCCCCCUAUUUCUUUUAGUUCACAUCGUCUUGGCUUUUUCAGCCUGCUUUGCUUCAGCAAGAAAAUAUUCUUCCAUUGUAACUGCCAACUCCUUUGUACAAUACUUUUAAGUUUUUCUUAGAACAAGUUGGAUUAUCUGACAGCUCAGUUUUGGACAGAAUCCAAAUCAAGUGACAUAAUGUUGCACUUGUUUUCUUCAUGUACAAACACCCUUCAAGCAUAAUACACUGUACGUUUGCUCAGUCUGUUUGAGGAAACUGGCUGUUGAAACUGCAGCUUGUUACACUUGGGGCAAUGAAACUCUUUGUGCUUUGCCUAUGAGUUACGAACCAUGUCUUUAGUGUUUGUGCACGUUCCACUAACAUU